AUGUUGAAUUAUGGAACUGAAACCAAUUCAUAUGAGAACGACAAUAACUUUCAUCAGAAUUAUAGACGAAGAAAUUCUCAACUUUAUACAAAACGACAAUGGCAAAGUGCAUUUUGCCCACCAACUAAUAUUGAUAUUCAACAAACAAUGAUAUCAUUAGCACAACAACAAUUAUUUGAACAAUGUCAAUCACUUGAUGGAACACAACAAUCACAAUAUUAUCCUGAACAAACAAUUCUACCAUUACCACAGAAUGUUGAUAUGAGUAUGAUACAAACACCUUAUACUCAAUUGCCAGUUUUAUUACACGAACAACACGAUAUUUCUAAUGCAUAUGCUUCAGUAAAUCAACAAUGUCAUUCUCAUUCAUCAACUGUUCCUUUAACAAUAAGUAAUUUACAAGAAGAUCAAACAUUAAAAGAAACUGUUGAAGUUGAUUCUUUAUCAUCAUCAACAAAUACAAAUCUAAAUGAAAAAUCUAUUUCGAAUAAAACACAAGUAACGGUUAAUGAAUCAAUAUCAGUAACAGAUAAUCCAGAAAUCAAAACAACAACUUCAUUUAUUUAUGAUUUAAAAAAAUAUAAAUAUGAUUAUUUUUUAUCUAAACUUUCAUGUUCUUCUAAUCAUGACUAUGGAAAAUUCGGUUUACCAACAGGUAUUUGUACUUUACCUGAUGAUCGUUUAUUAGUUGCAAAUUUCGAUCAUGAUUCACUUUUACUUAUUGAUAUAAAUGGUAUUGUUCAUCAAAUAUAUAAAGAUUUACCAACACCAAAAGAUGUUCGAUAUUAUUCAUCAAAUCCAUUACAAGCUAUUGUUGCUACCAAAAAAGAAGUUAUUAUUUUAGAUUUAGAAAAAAGUCAAAUUGUUGUAAAAAGUAAACUUAAAGGAUUUUAUCCAUGGAAUAUUCAAUAUAUUCAAGAACAAAAUACUAUUUCAGCAUGUGAUCCAUCAGGUGAACGUAUUGUUUUCUUCAAUAAAGAUCUAGCUUGCAUUGGUGAGUGGUCAUUUAACAAUGCAAAUCAGCAAGCUCUGUGUCAUUUAAAAUCACAGCCUUAUAACAAAGUCUAUCCUUAUGCAGCAUAUCUUUUACCUGAUAAUACAUCAUUUAUAUUAAAAUGUUGUGACGAUAAAUUUCAAAUUGAAAAAUUGAAUCCUAUUGGACAAACGUCAGAAAUAAUUUUAAAUAUACCUUCAACAUUAAAAUCAUAUUCAAUUUAUGUUGAUAGUACAAGACAAUGUUUAAUACCUGAUAAAGUUAAUCAUUGUUUAGUUUCAAUUGAUAAGGAUUCAAUAGUUGAACAAUAUAAAUUUACGUCUAUUCAAGAACCAUAUUCAAUGACAUUUUUAUCAACUGGAACAUUAUGUAUUACAGAUCAUAAUAAAUCAUGUGGCACUAAUGGUGGAAUAUCAGUUAUUAGUGAAAUCAAUUUAAAAAGCAAUCAAUGA